AUGAGGAUUGUGUUGAAAAUUGUCAAGGAUCAUGAGUUGUAUGCUAAGUUUAAAAAGUGUGAGUUUUGGUUGAGGUCUGUUGCUUUCCUUGGCAAUAUUGUCUCCGGUGAAGGUGUUCAAGUCGAUCCUAAGAAAACUGAAGUGGUUAAGAAUUGGCCUAGACCUUUAUCUGCUUCAGAUAUACAGAGUUUCUUAGCUUUGGUCGGUUAUUAUAGAAAGUUUGUGGAAGGAUUUUCCUUUAUUGCUUCGCCUUUGACAAUGUUGACUCAAAAGAAAGUGAAUUUCCGAUGGUUGGAAGCUUGUGAGAAAAGUUUCCAUGAUUUGAAGGACAAACUCACCUCAGCCCCUAUUUUGACACUACCAGAAGGAUCAGAUGGUUUGUAG